AUGGGUUAUACUGCAAUGGUAUGGGUAGUGGGUCUUAUCAUCUUGUGGUGUGUAGCUUUUAUUAAUGCUCAACCAGGAUUUCUCAGCAUUGUUUGCGGCGGGAAAUCAGAUUACACGGAUGAAAAUGGUAUAGAAUGGGUCACUGAUGAUAAUUACAUAGAAGUCGGCCAGAAAGUAGAAAUAGCAAACUCUAGUUUGCCAGUAUACCAGCAAAGCGUUCGAGUCUUCCCACGCCCUCUCAGCAAGUCUUGCUAUCAACUGCCCAUCACCCCAAAAGUGCCUCACCUUGUAAGAAUAUGGUUUUAUAAUGGUAAUUACAGUGGAGAAUCAGGCUCGUUACUCUUCAAAUUCUCCAUUGAGACUACGGAAAUGUUGUCCCUGAGAAGCAUUAUAAGCAGAGGUUCACCGUUGAAUCUGCCGAGCGAGAGGAUUUUGUUUAGUUCUGGUAAUGCCCUGUUUAUUUGCCUGAUUAGAACCUCUGAGACGGUUAAUCCUUUUAUCUCUGCCAUAGAAUUGAGAACACUUCAACAAGGCAUGUAUCCUCAAGCUAAGCCUGGAACUAUGUUGCGUAUGGACGCAAGAUAUGAUGCCGGUGGAAAUUCUACAAUCAGGUAUCCUCAAGACCAGUUCGAUCGCGUUUGGGUUCCCUUAGAUCCACAGGGAACACAGAAUGUUGUGUUGCAAGGGACAAUCUCAACGAACAACACCCACAACUUUCCUCCAUCUGGCGUUAUGCAAACUGCAGCUACCACGCUUGGCAACGAGAGCAUAAUUUUGUAUUUCACUCAAAUAAGCAACCCUUUAAUGUUACUGUAUUUUGCAGAAAGCCACGUGCUUAACGUAUCUGGAUCAAUGACUAUGGAGGUUGGGCAAAUCAGAUUAAUACUCAGUCUGGAAAGAGAUUUUUCUGCCGAAGAGAUUGGAUUCAAUUUUGGGGAAAUGCCGAUAUUUGGAAGAAAUUUUACUUUUGACAAUAUAAAGCUGUACAGAUCCUCUAACACCGGUGCCGAUCCUUUGAUCAAUGCGUUGGAGUACUACCAGUUGAUUACCACGGAGCUUGCAACCUACUCAGCUGAUGUUGAUGCUCUAGCAGCUAUGAAGAACCAGUUGAAAAUAAAUGAUUGGAUUUCAGAUCCUUGCUUCGGUCUUCCAUGGGAAGGAAUCCAGUGCAAUAACAGCCCUUCCUCUGUCAGAGUUUCGGAAAUCAACUUGACCGGAAGGAAUCUGACGGGAUCCAUACCCACUGUUCUUGCUCAGAUGACUGAACUCAUUAACAUACAUUUACAAAACAACAGCUUGAGUGGCGAACUUCCAGACUGGUUAGCUCAACUAGACAAUCUUAAAGAGCUAUUCAUAGACCACAAUAAUUUCAGUGGUGUAAUUCCUCAACUUCUCCUCCAGAAGAAUAUAUUAACAUACGAAGGCAAUAAGUACCUUAGUAAUACGUCUCAGAGUUCAACCCAUUUCAACUCAAAGCGGAGCAAUGUAGGAAUUAUAGUUGGAGCUAUAGGAGGCGGCAUCAUAGUAAUAGCUUUUAUUUUGAUUGUAAGUAUUAUUGUGUAUCGAAGGAGAUUUAGCAAAAAGGAGAUUGUACUUGAAGAGUCAAAAGGCAGCGCAUCAGGAAGCAAAUCAGUAAAUAUCCUUGACAACGACUACUCAGUAGUUUUGGUACCAAACCCAUCAAAAUCCCGUGCGUUUACCCUAGAAGAGAUGAUGACAUCUACAGAGAACUUUAGCUAUAAGAUCGGACAAGGUGGCUUUGGUUCUGUGUUCUGGGGUAAAUUGCAGAGCGGAAAGCAAAUUGCAGUAAAAGUGCUCUCUCUUUUCUCCAAACAAGGAGUUCUAGAGUUUCUAAACGAGAUUGAUCUUCUGUCCAGAGUUCAUCACAAGAACUUGGUGUCUUUGCUUGGUUAUUGCAAUGAAUCCAGAGAAUUAAUGCUUGUAUACGAAUAUAUGUUUGGAGGGUCCUUAAAGGAUCAUCUUUAUGGUAACAGUGGGGGGCAAUAUCCGAAUCUAGAUUGGAAAACCAGGCUUGAUAUAGCUUUAGAUGCAGCGCAAGGAUUGGAGUACCUUCACGUAAGUUGCACCCCAAAAAUAAUUCACAGAGAUAUAAAGACUGCCAACAUUCUUCUAGACGAAAAUUUGAAUGGAAAGCUGGCAGAUUUCGGUCUUUCAAGAGUAACAAGUGAUGGAGAGGAUUCUCAUGUGUCAACUGCUGUGAAAGGAACAGCCGGAUACCUAGAUCCAGAGUAUUUUAAGACAGAAGUCCUGACUGACAAGAGUGAUGUGUAUAGUUUUGGGGUGGUGUUGCUAGAGAUCAUUUGUGGCAGGGCACCUAUAGAUGCAAAACUUUCUACGAAUGAAAUUAAUCUUGUUAGAUGGGUCAUACCGUUUGUGGAGAUAGCUGAGUAUUCUGAAAAAUUUUCAGAAAUAGUGGACAAGCGAUUGGUUGACAAUUACAGCAUAAAAUCCAUUGCUCAUGUGGCGAAGCUAGCAAUUAGGUGUGUUGCAGAUAACCCAUCGUCAAGACCUAGUGCAAGCGAAGUGUUAGCAGAGAUGAAAGCGGCUGUGCAAUAUCAUGCAACAAGUAUGGAUAUCUCCGAAGAGAUCGAUAUUGAUUAUCAAGAUCAGCAGAUAAGUCCGGCUGCACACAGGGACAUCAGUUCAAGGGAUAACAGUUCCUACUUUUCACGGUCAGAAAGUUAG